UCAUAUAUUCGCUUGACGUCAGCAACGGUUACCGACUAUAACUGUUCUUCACACGGUUGUGAACAUCCCCUGUUUUUGCGGACGGCUUUUACUCUUUUCGCAAGGAAACAGAAAAACGAAAGAGUUAUGGCUCGCAUCUACGUCAAGCCUCAAGUGAGAAGUAGCAGGUCUCAUGGCCGGCCUCGAGCUCUCGACUACACCGUGAUAGAGCAAAUAGCCAACGGGAUCGAAAAGAUGGUUGUCCAAUGGAACCACGCAAAGGAGUCGAGGAUCAUCAGGCCUUACACCGGCAGCAGGAGUAAUACGGCCACUUCGUCCAAGAGUUCUGCAAGGCCAACUUGGAAGCAUUUGGAUCAAGCAGUUUCUUCGCCUCAGGUUGUGGAACGUACUAGCACUGCACCAGCAGCCAUUGAUGGUAGUGGCAAUAGUAACGCAGGUAGAGCGGAGAUGGGUAGUUUUACAGGGUCGGCUGGGCUACUCAACGAGAUGGUCAUUCCCAACUUCGGAGGGAUUACCCGAGCUGAGAUGGUGACCAAGAGCCAGGAACCCGAUGGCGUUGUGAAUUCCUCCUGGUACUUGAAGAGUAACCAUGUCAACAGCAGUGUUGACGGGGACCUUCAGUGUGCGUCGUCUAGAACCGAUCGGGACAACGCUCAGACUAGUGAGGACGGCAGCAGCGCUAUUGGAAUAACUCCCAGGCUUGAGUGUGCUGUGGAGCGAAUCCAGGAGUUGACCAGCACUUGUACUUCAUAUUCUCAAGAACUUCCGAAGAAAAAGGCUACUUUGGUUUCAAUUGACGAGCCAGUGAUGACAGGGGCUUCAAAAGAACCGGCUCAACAAUACGCUGACCAGAUGCUGCACUACGAGCUGGAAAAUGACGUCGGAAAAGAUGCUGUAGAAGUCCGUCAUGGAAGUUUAUCGGAGAGAACCGAGUCUGCUUGUAAGGAAUCGUACAGUGGCGAUGACAGGAGUGCUCCUCAAGUACUGAAUAAUCAAGUGGACGAUUGGACCGAAACAACUACAAUCGUCGGUGACCAGAACAUUCGGGAGCUUAUUUCCUACACCAAGAAGAAAGAAGUCACGAAGGAAAAGCAGGAACUUUUAGACGACUACAAGGUUAAAAUUGAAGAGCUGCAGAUUGCUCUACUGGAGUGCUCUACGGAGUAUGAAGUCAAGAUAGUUGAAAUGAAAAUGAUGAUGCUAAACAUGAAAUCUCAGUAUCGGCAGCAGAUGACGACUACCGGAAACGGUCAUAUCAAUGUGAAACUUCUACAGCCGCCAACGACGAAAGAGUUUUCCUUGGUUACAAACAACCAAGCGAAACAAAACGUUGAUUUUCUGAAGAAGCAAAUGCAAAAGCUCAAGCAGGAUAAAGAAAAUUUGAGCAGGGAGCUCUUUUCUAUGAAAAAGAAGCAGAGGCAAUCUGAGAAGCAGAAGAAAAGCCUUGACGACGCGUUGAACAAAGUCUCUUGCUUAAGAAGAGAACUGGCAAGACGAGACGAGGAGAUAUUGGAUUCUCAUCUAAGAGAGAAAGAACAGAGAGGUCAGCUGCACGAACUUCACCAUGCGCUACAAAACGCGAGAGCGGCUCAGGCAGAGCCUGGAAAGCUGCUGGCGCUGCUUCCGGUGCUCAGAAACUGGCUAAAAUCUGUUAAAAAGGGUCAAUAUUACUACGAGCCGAAUCUAAUACACAGCUUAGAACCUUUCGUCCAGUCCCAGGCAUUUACGAGAAAAACGCCAGCAAAGACUCCGCUGGCGAUAACAGCAGACUAUGCUAAAGAGAAUCGCCAGGGACCUCGAGUUGACAAGAUUGUCGGGUCAGUGACGAAAGAAAUCCAAGCAUUGCAAAAGGCACUCGAGAAGCUUGCAUGCGGGAGAUAUCAGUAAAGGCGAUUGAAAUGGCAGCAGAGGCUGAGAAGACGGAAAAGAUGCUAUUCCAACCACGCAGCAAAGGAAGAAGUAACCCAACCAAGUCUGGAGGUUCUUUCGUCCUUGCUC